AUGGAAGAUCAUAUGAAAAAUAAGGACCGACUUGCAAAGGAGUGGGAAGCCCUUUGUGCAUACGAGGUUGACCCUUGUUCAACAACCGCCGCCAUGUUACCUCAAAAUGGAUCAAAGAACCGUUACUCUGAUGUACUUCCCUUUGACCAUUCCCGAGUAAUUCUCAAUGAUUUAGCUAAUCCAAACCGUUCUGAUUAUAUUAACGCCUCCACCAUCACAGACCAUGAUCCUCGGUCACCGGUUUACAUUGUCACCCAAGGACCAUUACCUUCAACCGUAGCUGAUUUCUGGCAAAUGGUUUGGGAGCAAGGAUCGGUUAUUAUUGUUAUGCUAACCCGACUCUUGGAAAAUGGUGUUGGCUCAUCGGCAAGAUACUGGCCUGAAGAAGGUUCCGCUUUACACUCAAAUUUUGAGGUUCAUCUUGUCUCAGAGCACAUUUGGUGCGAUGAUUAUCUGGUUCGAUCUUUCUUCCUAAAGAAUAUAAAAACUAAUGAAACCCGAACAGUGACACAAUUCCACUAUCUAUCUUGGCCUGAGAAUGGUGUUCCACCCAAUCCAAGAUCACUAUUGGAAUUCCGAAGGUAA